AUGCUUUGGACAGACAUACUUCAUCUUUGUCAGCAGUCAUCUCUUCCUAGCAGGCUUGAGGGAAGAUUUACAGCGGCUGUCUCCGCCUGUGAUAAUCACCUUCUCCUGAGAUGUCUGCUGUCUGCCGCACAGUAUGGAAACGUCCGGGCUGUGGAAAUCAUUAACAAGGCCACACAGGAUCGUAUCUAUACUACCAAGCAUACUGCUCUAUCUGUUGCCAUAGAGUACCACCAUGAAGCCAUAGCCAAAAUCUUGCUCCCAACCGAGGCUUGCAUCACAAAGGUUACUGUGGCUAUGAGCCGAGUAAUAAUGGGCGAUCAGCUGCACAGUGUCGAGGCCCAAAUAACGGCGUCAAAAGACUUAUGUUUUAAGGAGCUGUCCGAAAGAGAUGUAGCGGGUCGGAGUCUCGCCGAGUACUGUAUCCUCUUUCGACGCACGGCCCUUCUCACGAGAAUAUUGGAGCAAAUAAUGGAAUUUCAUUUGGACACAGACCUACUUCGCACUGCCUACCACGAGCCAAUCAUCUUUCUUGCCAUAAGGGAGAGAGACCUAGACAGCUUUGUUGCUUUGUAUGACUUCUGUUGUCGCCACGGGUUAAACCGCAGCAUAGAUAAUCAGAGUUUGAAGAGUUACUCUAUGUCCACGGGAGCUUCAGCCAUUGUGUGCUGGCUAUCCAAACGACCGGAGCCUGGAGGUCAUUUAAGCACUACAUUGACCAUUGAAACGCAGAGAAAAUCUGUUACUAUCAUAGGAUUAGCAGACUGUGGCCCAGGUUUUAGCAAAGUAGCUGGACGUCCACAGUUAGAAGGGAGCUCCGAACUUCAGCAAUCCGAUCCCGCACUCACGCCUGCCAGUGAUAAGGAAAAAUCUACUUGCCUUUCCGAGAAGUCUGAGCCUUUAGUGUCCAUGCUUUCACGUGAGUUAGAGGGAUGUGCAAUGAGGAAUCACGACAGUACGUCUGCUUGCGAUAAACACAUCAAGGAAUCUGGCCUCUCUUAUUCAUCCAUGCUCAACCAGCUAGCUCUAAUUGACAAAGACGAAGCUCUGCAAAGGAGUGUUCACUCGUUCAUACAUACAAAUUCGGUGAUAAUGAAUAUCGUGCGGGCUAGCUUCUACAGCAAUACGUCAGGCACUCUAGAGACAGAUACGAGCCAACACAGACCUCUGUUGGCAGAGCUGUCUGCCGUAAAGCUCUGUGGGAUGCAUCCGGUGUUUUCGAUGAACAUCAUAGUGAAGCCUCCUGGUGUAGUUGCAGUGCAAGAGGCUCUUUUACAGAGUGAGGAGGUACUGGGUCUGACUCCAUUCAGUGAUCCACAACGCUUCACCCGAUUAAACCCCCUGAACUAUGAUGAUGCACUAGACACACUAGAGUGGUUUUUGAAUACACCCAGUAGUGACAUGGGUAAGAUCUUUUUGCAGAACAAACUGGCUGUGGAAGUGCCAUUUAACCGGUCCCACAGCGUGGUUCGGCUUGAAACAGGUAUCGAUCUGAUAAUGCACAGUAAUUCACCUUACUUCGAGAUGGUUCCUUCGUGCGAUGUGGAAUGUAGGACUGAAGAUGGUCGCCUACUUGUUUUGGCGAGCUUCAACAGUGAGCUAAAGGAAGUUGUCGCACAUAUGCAGGACAGAUAUGUUUUUAUAAGUGACUUUCUCAUUAUGGGAUUGAAGGGCAGAUAUGUUCGCGACUUGCUUAAGACAGGCAGGCGUUGGCCACGUAGCGGUCAAUAUGCAUUAUGCACCAAGCAUGCUCGCUGCCAACACUUAUACUCUUCAGUGUGUGAACCAAUGUGUGCAUACACUGAAAUAGAGCAGUUACUGCAGUACACGAGGCGGAGGAUUUCCAGCGGGCAGAAGGUCUAG